AUGGCUAUAGACGAGACAAUAAUCGACGCAUUACAGAGGAGCAAGAUCGAGUUCGCUGGCAAUGCGACGACUCUGGCCGACACUCUGUUCCUUAAAUUUAGUAUCCAGAGUCGGAUCUCUAUCGUUGUCACAGCGGCUUUCAACGUCUUUGCAUCUGCUGCCGUCGUGGCAACCGUUUUGUACGAUAGCUGGAGAAUAGCGAGCCUUAGAGUGCCUCGAAGAAAACUCGACUUUUUUACGAAAAUCCCAACCGCUCAUAUAUUCUCCAACGCAUUGGCUCUCGCUACUAUGACGCAGGGCUCGAUUUUCAUAUCGGUGCAGACCAUGAACCUCCAAGAUGUGCUCACUAAUAACUGCAGCGUCUACUCUCAAAUUACCUGGACUGGUAAAUACUUCUUCUCUGGACACGAAUUUUCGUUUCAGCUAACUUUACGAGUAGCUGCUUGGCUUGUCGGAUACACUAUCUUAAUCUUUAGUUCCGAAGCUGCGAUUAGGAGUUUCAACCCGGCCUGUUCAGCUUCACCUUGCAAAAGCUAUGCUUCAGUCAACUGGAUCCUCGUGGUUGCUUUUUCGGUCUUAACUUGGAUACCGUCAUAUCUCAGGCCUGUGACGAUGAGCAUAUGCACCGCGGACCUGACGCAGUGGGUUGAGCCUUGGUCAGAUAUUGGGACAGGAUUGGCUUCGAGUCUGAUUCUUUUCUACAUUGUCAACGCCGUAGUGUUAUUGUUCCGGCUCCGACGAACCGAAAAGCUGUGCUUUGAGCAAAGAAUUGCCACUCGCAAUCAGGCGUUCACUUUGCCAUUUUGGAUACAGGCAACGACAUCCCAUGCAACGAAUGCGGCGGCCAUGAUCAUGUCGAUUGCGAUAAAUUUGUUUGGGAUCGUGAAUGGUGUCUUAUUCCUUCUCCUGCGCGCAACUGGUCAAAACCUGAUUACCAGAUCCGCAAACCCGGUUUGGUUUAUGAAGCCCCCAAGGCGGUACACCGAUUCCACUGAGAUGGCUGUCGCACAACAAAUGAUCAUGCCAGUUGGCCUUGAGCGAAAUAACAGCAUCGUGAAGCGCGGAGAUUUCUCGAGUGGCAGGUUUGGCCAGCGCCGAGAGCCAGAGCAACCUGAUCAAGGACGACGAAGAAAUUCGAUCCCUGAAGCAGUUUUCCCUGAUGGCCGCAGUUCGAUGGAGCGCCUAACCGCCGGCAUCCAAAGUAGGGAAAGCUUCCUUUCUUUAUCUACCACUUCGAGAGAUCGAUCCUCGGGAUUGUCAUCCAUCGUACCGAUGACCGAUAUCGACGACUUUAUCCUCCUUCCACCACAACCGUAUUUCAGUCACCGGCGGCGUUCUUCAGAUAUAAGUGCUGCAACAGUUCAAAUUGGGCUAUGUCUAAGUAGUAUCCCAGUACCGCUGCCAGCACAGCAAGCACACAAUUCCUCGAAAGUCACCCAUAUCCCAGUUGACCCCCCGGAGACGUUAACAUCAGCUCGAUUCUCUGGUCCUAAAAAGACAUCAACAGGUGGUUCUAGAGCAACCCUAGAUUCGUCCCUCCCUAUCCAUCCUUUACAAGUUAACCCUCCUUCGCUGAAGUGGAGCCUUGAAGACGUUUCCGCUCCAACUUAUACCACCAACGAGAGGAGCGAUAGCACUCUCGAUCCUCCACCACUAGCCCUACAGUCGGUGCCUAAUCGUGCCUCCCAACGCCUCACCGACCUCCGCGCAUCCUACGAAACCAACUCAAGUAGGUCGAAAUUGCAAGGCGGCCUCCCCUCUAACCCCAAAUCAUCGCAGGCGGUGCCGAGGAGGGGAACGAAUGACUCUGCUUGGCCCCUACCAGAAAGGUUUUCGUUGUUACCAGACAAGACUUAUUCUCAAAUUCCGUGGAUAUGA